UGGCAACACUUUAUAUUCAAUUAAAAACAAUUUGCAAAAUGUUGUAAAUAACAGUCAAAUUUUUAAGUAUUAGUAACCAUUUUGAAUUAAGCUAAAGUGCAAUAAUGUUUUUACCCGAAACUGCCACCUUCUGUAUCACAUUGCUGGUAUAUGGAGCCAUUUUGCUAUUAUUAAUUUACUAUGUUUUAACACUCGCCGAUCUAGAGUGUGACUAUUUAAAUGCUCAGGAAUGCUGUCGUCGCUUGAAUUUCUGGGUCAUACCCAAAUUUGGUUCACAUGCUUUGCUAUGUGUCCUUCUACUUUUAGGGGGCCAUUGGAUAAUGUUCCUGCUCAAUUUGCCCAUGGUUCUAUGGCUCUACUAUGAGCUACAUCGUCAGCGUAGAGAUAGUCUUGGUGUCUAUGAUCCCGUGGAUAUACAUAGCCGUGGUCUAUUGAAAGUUCAUUUGCGAAAUUGUAUGAUUUAUUUGGGUUACUAUUUCAUUAUGUUCUUUGUAGGUUUGUAUUGUCUCAUUUCUUCGCUGAUUAAGGGGGAUCCCAUCAAACGGUAUGAGGAUGAUGAAAUAGUCACUGAUUUUUGAAGGUUGGCAUAAACCUUGGCUUCCAUUGAGAGUGAGAAUGCCAGAUUAAUAUAUACAUACAUAGAUUUAAUUAGUUAAGUCAACUACCCCAAGACCAAAUUAAGAAUCUCAAACUAAUGAAUUUCACAAAUUAUGAGAUUCUUAAGGCUCAAUUCUCUUGCACUACACAAAGAAGAAUCUUCUCAGUUUAAUUUAUGGAAUAUUUUGAACAAAUUGAAAAGUCUAACCUAGUCCUAUAGAAAUUUAUACUCAUAGUUAUAGGUAAUCAUCAUUGUAAUUCAUUUAACAAUUUCUCGAGACAAAACAUUAGUUUUUUAAAUUCAUAAUUUAUUUAUUUCAUAUAUAUAUAUAUUUUUUUUUUUAUAGGCAUUUAAACAAUUGAUUUAUUUCUUACUUAUUCGCAUAGACAUCACAAAAGUAUAAAAAUAUAUGUAUUUAUAUGACAAUUAAA